AAAUGAAAUAGUGACCAUAUAAGUUGAACUACUAGCCUUUAACUUAAACAUGUAAAUGGACUUACCGCAUACAAGUGUUUAUCUUUGGAUCAGAUUGUCCUAGAAUGUGAACUAUGUUUAUCUUUGGAUAAGAUCGUACGAGAAUGUGAACUAGACUCGUUAACAUUUUAACUCGUGUCUUUGAAUAUGUCCAUCAUGGGUCAUAACUAUUUGAUAUCUGGUGGAUAUUUAUACUGAGUUGAUACAAGUUUAAAAUUGAAUACCAAAGUACUGACAUACUUUCGGAGGUUAACCAACUACGUACAUGUGCAUGAAGUGUAAAGAAGUCAACUGACUGCGGAAACAGAAAGACACUUAAAACAAUGGAUACAAAGUUCUCUGGUUACCCAGACAUAGGAAGUAUUCAGCCAGGUAGACUCAUUAAGUAUCGUGUUAGCGUUGACCGGUUUGCUGCAGAAGUGUUACUUCCGGGGUUCUCGUAUACAGACUUUGACAAGAAAAUAGGUGGAAAACUUUCAUUGUGGUGUCUAGCAAAGCUAUUAGAAUGCGUGGGUUCUGUCGUCAUUGGUAACUUUUUCGCUCCAACAUACAUCACAAAGGAUACGACUCUUUUCGUAGCGACGCGCAGAAUAGAAUUCAAACCUCUUUUCUACCAAAAGCGGUUUCUGUACGAAGCCUGCUGUGGUGUAGCUACUCCGCUUCGCUUCUAUUAUUACGUUUCCCACAUAGGAAACACUUCUUAUACUGUAACACACGAGUGGAUAGACAACAAAACUGGAGAAUUGAUUGUUAAAUCAUCGACAAAAGCUGUCCUCGUUAAUAAAACAACAAGGAAACCGAAACCUAUUCCAGAUAUGCACGGAUUAAACGAGCAUCGGCAGUGUAUCAAGGAUAACACAGUCCUUGAAAAACCUGACCCGGUUGUUAUACCAGACAAUGCAUUCAAACACACGUUGAAAGCUCUACACAGCGAAUGUGAUUCCAACGACCAUAUAAAUCAAGCCAGUUAUGUGUCAUGGUGCUCAGAUGCAGCUUCUUUGGGCGCUAUUAGAGGACACUUCAAAAAUUACACCAAACACAUAGAACGAUACCAAAUGAAAGACAUAGUGGUGCAUUAUUUGGGAGAAGCCCAUGCUAACAAUAUUGUCACCGUCAACGUUUGGGAAGGUGGGAAGAGCGGGAAACAGCUUAUGUUUGCUGUUCUAGUAUGUGAAAAAGUAGUAUUUUUUAUGCACGUGGAUAUGUAUGAUUCUCUUCCAGUUGAUGUGUCUCCCCAUUUAGAGUCAAUGCUGUAAUUGAUUGUUGUAAAUGUGACUGUUCGUAUAUUUAUAAAUCUACCAACUGACAUGUAUUGUAAAGUACAUAUUAUAUUGUUUAUAUCAAAUUUUACUGUAUUGAGAAACUGCUUAUGUACAUUUCAAAAUUAAUAAAAAAUAUGUUUAA